CGCGCCCGCGGAUGGAGGGGCUUGCGCAGAGUCUGAGGUAGACCCUGGGAGGGAUCGCGCCCUCCCCUCCGUCCCACCGCGCCCCAGUCUCCUAACCCAAGCUGGCGGGGUGAGGGGCUUCUCGAGCCGGGGGCGGAGCCUGGCUGGAGGCGGGGCUGGGGCUGGGGCUGGGGGCGGCGCUGGGAGCCGAAACCUCGGCCGAGCCGGUCCAUGGCCUGGGUGGCUUGUGUCCCUGGCUGGCACCAUGCGGAUCCUCUUCCUGGCCGUGCUGCGGCCGCACACCGGCAACGCCGUGACGGCUGCGCGGAUCCGGGAUCAUCUAGAAGCUGUAGGUCACACAUGUAUUCUGAAAGACACCCUUGGCUUUGAAAGCUCCUCGGCAGUAACCAGCUUAAUUGUCACUGAGAAAUGUGAGGCAGCCCUUGCCCUUCAUCUGUAUAAAGGAGGCAGAUUUUUGCAAGGUCAAAGAAUUCCUUUCGGAAUCAUUUUUGGAGGAACAGAUAUAAAUGAAGAUAUUAACCAUGAAGAAAAGAGUCAGGUGAUGGGGACUAUUCUAGAAGAAGCCAGAUUUGCAGUGGCUUUUACGGAAUCAAUGAAGGAAAUGGCACUAACUAAGUGGUCACACGCUAAGGGUAAAAUCUAUGUCCAAAAUCAAGGAGUUUCAACAAUACCAAAUGUCAUCUUUAAUUGGAACACAUUUCUACAAAGUACAGAAAUCAACCAAGGAGCAGAUAAUUUGCACAUUUUUCUUUUGAUAUGUGGACUUAGACGAGUCAAAGAUCCUCUUUAUUUGGUGGAUGCUUUCUCAGAAUGGCAUCGAGAAGAACCCAAUGUUUACAUGGUUAUUUUGGGACCUGAAGUUGAUCCAGUGUUUACAAAUGAAGUGAAAGCCAGAGUGAAAAGGGCAGCUGGGGUACAAUUGAUGGGGGAGAUGCCUUCAGAAGAUCUCCAUGCCGUUGUGAAAAAUUGCUUUGCAGUUGUGAAUAGCUCCAUUUCAGAAGGAAUGUCAGCUGCAGUUCUGGAGGCAAUGGACCUGGAAGUUCCUGUGUUGGCAAGAAACAUUCCUGGCAAUGCGGCCAUUGUUAAGCACGAAGAGACAGGAUUAUUGUUCUCCAAUCCUCAGGAAUUUGUUCAGCUGGCCAAAAGACUGGUCAAUGAUCCUGCAUUAGAAAAGAAAAUCGUGACACAAGGAAAAGAGUAUGUGAAAUUGUGCCAUUCAUGGAAAUCUGAAAGAGACACCUAUCAAAAUCUCAUGCGGAAACUUCAGUGAAUUAUCAAGUGUUAGGAAAAUGUGCAUGGGAUUCAUCAUGUGUGAUUCCAAAUCAAUUAUAAACCACAACCCAUGGGUAUUGCAUCCAGAUCUGGAUUUAAAUCAGUGGGGUCCAUUUUAGUAAAAAUCAGACAUAUUUCAUUGGAAUCUUAGAGGGACACAAAUGUUCAGUCAUAGAAUGCUCAUUUAAACCAUAAAAUUAGAAAUCUGUUCAGUACUUUAUAAUUGUCCUGUCUAAAUAUCCCUAAUGCAUUGCAUCAACUGAUUGUGGUGGAGGUUCAGAAGCUAAUUUCAGAAGAAUUAGCUUUUAGCAGAAGUGGGGUUUAAAGAAUUUGUCCCAGAGGAACAUAGCUAUAGUUUUCAGGCAGAUAAACCUUCAAAGCACACAUAUUCAAUAUCCUUCCCACCCUCAAUCCAUCCAUGAAUUUUUUUAAAAAUAUGGAAUAAAACAAGCAUUUCUAUAACAUAGUACAAUAAAAAAAUAUGAUUGCA